CUCAGCUCCCGCUUCUCCACAGCUCUGCCCACCGCUACCAUGGAGGUCUCCGCGGCCACCCUCGCCAUCCUCCUCACCGCUGCUGCCCUCUGCGCACCUGCAUCUGCCUCCCCAUAUGCCUCGGACACCACGCCCUGCUGCUUUGCCUACAUCUCCCGCCUGCUGCCCCGGGCCCACAUCACGGAGUAUUUCUAUACCAGCAGCAAGUGCUCCUUCCCGGCAGUUGUCUUUGUCACCAGGAAGAACCGCCAGGUGUGUGCCAACCCAGAGAAGAAAUGGGUUCGGGAGUACAUCAACUCUUUGGAGAUGAGCUAAGAUGCACAGCGCCUUGAACGUGAACUUUGCACACACUCUGCUCUUGUCCCGGUCAGCAUGGGAUGCUUCCUCCCAUUGCCUUCCUCCCACCCACUCCUUGGAGAGCACAGGCUCUACCACACAGCAGCAGGUAUAAAAACCUCCCCAGCUAAAGCCUCCAAGAGCCACUGAGGCUCUGCUUUGGCGACAGGAAACCUCUAGGCGCUGAGGUUCAUGCCCCUCAGUGCGGCCACAGCUCUGUGACCAGGAAGGAAGUCACUGUGCCUCUGAAGACAAAGAAGAGAAGAAGAUGGGGUUCCUAUGGGGAUGUACCGAGGCCAGAGCUCCCACUUCAAACCUAAGACAUCAGCUUUCCAUUA